AUGGUACCUGCAGAUUCGCUGGAGUACGGCAGUGAAGCUGCAGCCUCGGUGCCUUUUCCCACAACUUCACGCCAGCGAGUGUCGUAUGCGGAUGAAUUCAGCCAGCGGCCAAUUGCACCUUUUGGCGACCUUGGCGCACAAUCAUGGCUAGAAGUGGGUAUUCAAGCAUACGAUCCCAUCGCAAUACCCAAAGUACGUGCCUCUCCAGCGCAGGAGCGCCACGAAACGACGCGUCCAGCGCCGAGACCAAGAUGGGUGGACCCGCCAGAUUGGGCCGAGUUUGUGAUGGAGGUUUCGGACAACGAAGAGGAAGAAACGGCGCGUGUAUCUACACUGACUAGGCGCUCGAAAUUUCGGCGCAUCGAGAUACCCGACCAGCAACCUGUGCGCUUCACACAUGUGCCGCCGUCGUCUGUCUUGAGCCAGAAAGAGCAAGAAAUACGGUCUAUGAUGGCAAAAAUUAAAGAGUUGGAGCGUCGCAGAUUGCAGCACCGGUCGACGAGAGCUGUUUGUGAUGCACAGGAUGAUGUGCUUGGAAAACGGGAUCGGGAAAAGGUGACUCUAACGCAAGAGUCUAUGCCUGCGACGCACGCAGAUGCCAAGGUGUGUAGCUGCGCGACGUGA